CGGGCGCGCUCCAGGACUCUCGCUCUCCUCUCCGUCGCUCGAGCAUCGGUCGCCGCUUUGAGCGAGAGCCUGACCUCGCGGACAAGACGAUAGCAAGAAAGGAGGAGAGAAGCCGAAGCCGACGCGCGCUCUGGCCACUGAACCCAGCGAUAUUAAACAACGGGCGGGCUUUCCACCCCCGAAAAACCGCCGUCUGCUUUACCAGUCCCGCUGGACAGAGCCCACCGACCGCUACGGAUAAUGGCACAUUGCGACUGGAAAGAGGCUUUUUGUGGCGUGUGAUACAUGGGAGACGCGAUGCAUUUAUCCGGGAUGCGUUACAAUGAGAGGAGACGAAGGAGUUUGCCUUCUAGUGUUCUGGCUAGCUGAAUUGUUCACGGGGUGGGUGUUAAACGCGCACCGCUUAAUGUAGCUUUUGUGAGGGCUGCUAUAAAUUGGUUUUUGUUCGUAGCUUGUAAGCUAGCUGUAAUAUUCUACCCCCUCUAGUUAGCGAUAGCGGCUAGCCACGCAUUUAACACAGUCUCCACAGAAAGCAGCCCGGUCUCUGCCAGCUGACAGUUUAAUACAAGUUUCGGCGUUUUAAAAGUCGGUUUUAUUUUCAUUUUUAACUUGCCUUUUUAACUGGGUAUUUCUGGACACCGUGAAAGGCACAGUACAACAGAACCCCACCAGCUAGCUCUCAAGCUAGCCACAGCUGUCGGGAUGAUGGGUCGGGGCUGACCGGCGGCACAGUGCGAUGCGGGCCACCUCAGCCCCACCGUUGACUCUGAUAACUUCCCAAGCGGCUUGAAUAAAACACAUUGUUACCGGCAAUCGCUAACUCUGCCGUAACCGUCGGUACCCAGGAAAUUUAUUCACUUUGUCCAGAACGGCGUAGACCGAUGCUCAACACCUAGAUACUGUCACUGCACGCAUUGUCGGUAUACAUUAUCCCCGGAGAGCCUUGUCUACAAAACAACAUAUGGCCAACGACUCGAUGCAAAGUGACCCAGAUGGGCUGUCAGUGCUGGAGCAGCUGGGUCUGGACCACAGCUCUGACUUAUCGGACAGCAGCGUGCAGCAGAGGCUGGACAAGCAGCGGGAGCGCAUCCGGCGUGAGAUCCGCAAGGAGCUGAAGAUCAAGGAGGGUGCUGAGAAGCUGCGGCGUGCCACCACCGACAAGCGCAGCGCCGUGCAGGUGGACAGCCAGCUGCGCACCUCCAACAAGCGCCUGGACACCCUGCACACCCAGCUGCAGGAGCUGGAUGCUCACAUCGUCGUCAAGCACCCCGAUGAUAUCCGCGAUGAAGCCCCACAAUCCCCUGGGGCUGUCAGCCAGCCGUCAGCCAACCAAGAACGAAUUGCAGCCCUGCAGCGUCAGCUCAACAUCGAGCUCAAAGUCAAGCAGGGAGCCGAGAACAUGAUCCCCAUCUAUGCCAGUGGCUCCACCAAGGACAAGAAGUUGCUGCAGACGGCUCAGCAAAUGCUGCAGGACAGUAAAACAAAGAUCGACAUCAUUCGCAUGCAGAUCCGCAAGGCCAUUCAGGCCACAGAGCAGCAGACAGAGGACGUGCAAGGGAAGCCCGACCUGUGCGGCGUAGAGCUGCGUAUAGAGGAGCUGCGACACCAUUACCGCGUGGAACAUGCUGUGGCGGAGGGGGCCAAAAACGUUCAGCGCCUACUGGGUGCCUCCAAGAUUCAGGACAAAAAAGCCAUAUUGGAGGCUCAGUCCCGCCUGAGUGAAUCAUCCCAGCGGCUGGACCUUCUGCGAGACUCCCUGGACCGGCGACUAGCAGAGCUGCCUGAGGAUCACCCCAAGGCCUGCCUCAUCAAGGAGGAGCUGGUGUUGGCCUCUUCCCCUGCCUUUAGCUCCCGCCACGGCGCCCCCUAUGUGCACAACCAGUACAGCACUCUCAGCAAGCCCUCCCCACUGACAGGGACAUUACAGGUACAGCUACAGGGUUGCGUGGGGCUGCUUGAGGUGGUGCCCGGGAGGAGCCGCGGGACGCCAGUCGUGUUGCCUUGCUACAGUCCUGGGGAAGGCCGCUCCUUUAUGCGUGGCAGCAAGGGUCUCUAUGGCCGCAGUGGCAGCGUUAGCGGCAAGGCGCCCAGCAAGACAGACGAUCUGUCCUCGGAGGUGAGCGCAGUGCUGAAGCUGGAGAACGCCGUGGUGGGUCAGACUGCCUGGAAGACCGUAGGGGAGCAGGCCUGGAACCAGACCUUCACUCUGGAGUUAGAGAGGUCUAGGGAUAUGGAGAUCGCCGUGUACUGGAAGGACUACCGCUCCCUGUGCGCCCUCAAGUACCUGAAGCUGGAGGACUUCCUGGACAACCAGAAGCACCAGGUCCAACUGGACCUGGAGCCGCAGGGGCUGCUGCUGGCGGAGGUCACCUUCUUCAACCCCAUCAUAGAUCGUGUCCCUCGCCUCCAAAGACAGAAGAAGAUCUUCUCCAAGCAGCAAGGCAAGACCAUCCUGCACAGUCGACCGGUGAAUGUGGACAUCAGCACCUGGGUGCGGCUGCUGAAGAACGCCAUUCCCACAAUGAACAACACCGGCACCUACAGCCCCAACGCACACUCUCACAGCACUGGGGAGAUAUCCAUGGACAAGCUGAAUCUGGAGGGUGACUCGCCACAGAAGCCCGACAUAAAGAAGGACAUAGACACCCACACCCCGGAGCGGCUGCCUGUGAUCGAGCCCUUCAGCCCCCCAGACCUGACCCCUCAACGCCCCCAAAGAACCCCCUCCCAGAGCUCCCAGCAGAGUAAACAGAAGAGUGAUCCCCUUUCCCUUCAGAACUUCCGGCUGGUCGCAGUGCUGGGCAGGGGACACUUCGGAAAGGUGCUGCUGUCUGAGUACAAAGAGACAGGUACCUUGUACGCCAUCAAGGCCUUGAAGAAGGGAGACAUUGUGGCCCGGGACGAGGUGGAGAGUCUCAUGUGUGAGAAGCGGAUCUUUGAGACGGUCAACAGUUCCAGGCACCCCUUCCUGGUCAAUCUGUUUGCGUGCUUCCAGACGCCGGAGCAUGUGUGCUUCGUCAUGGAGUACACGGCCGGGGGCGACCUAAUGAUGCACAUCCACGCCGACGUCUUCAGCGAGCCCCGUGCCAUGUUCUAUGCUGCCUGUGUAGUUCUCGGCUUGCAGUUUCUCCACGACCACAAGAUCGUUUAUCGGGACCUUAAGUUGGACAAUUUGCUGUUGGACAUGGAAGGAUAUGUAAAGAUUGCAGACUUCGGCCUCUGUAAAGAGGGGAUGGGAUAUGGCGAUAGGACCAGCACCUUCUGUGGCACACCGGAAUUCCUGGCACCAGAGGUGUUGACGGACACAUCAUACACCAGAGCUGUGGACUGGUGGGGACUGGGCGUGCUGGUGUACGAAAUGCUGGUUGGUGAGUCCCCUUUCCCAGGUGACGAUGAGGAGGAGGUGUUCGACAGCAUCGUGAAUGAUGAAGUCCGCUAUCCCCGGUUUCUCUCCACAGAGGCCAUUAGCCUGAUGAGACGGCUGUUAAGAAGGAACCCGGACAGACGCCUCGGCUCCAGUGAGAAGGACGCUGAAGAUGUCAAGAAGCAGCCGUUCUUCAAGGGCCUGGAUUGGGAGGCCCUGCUGCAGAGGAAGUUGCCGCCGCCCUUCGUACCAUCCAUCAGGGACAGGGAGGAUGUCAGUAACUUCGAUGAUGAGUUCACUCUUGAGCUGCCGACUCUCACCCCACCUCGGGAGCCCCGCCUUCUGUCCCGCAAGGACCAGGACAACUUCCGUGACUUUGACUAUGUCUCUGAUCUCUGCUGAGGCCUAAAACGGAGGAGGGGGGAGGGAGGCGGUACACCAAUCCGUACAUCUGUUACUGGGACACAGGGAUGGUCAGGAGUUCUAUUUUUCCCUCGACUGAGAGAACAAAGCAUGGUGGGGGGGGGGGGGGGGGAUCUGUCACUUGUCCUGUUUUCCACACUGUGACAUGGGGGGUGUUAUGAAUGAAUGUCUUUAUCUAGGGUAGGUGAGAGGAAGAGGGAAUUGGUGAAGAUUUUAUGUUCGUCUUGCCAGUCUGUCCCAUACUGUGACUAAGUCUGUCUGUUACACAGAGUGGUGACCAUUCUACGGUUGAGGAGGUAGCAUUUUCUGAAGGAGGGUACAGCUGACGGGGGGGGGCUUGCUCCAAGACACCACCCAGAAUUUUUGUUGUUUUUUUUUUAAAUACAAUUUACAGUUGCUCUCAGUCUGGUCUUCUCCCCCCUUUCUGCCCUCUGUAACAUGUAGCUUCCCCUCUGGACUCUUCUCCAGCCUCGUUAACAGCACGCCAGGUCCACUUUGCCCCCAUGCCUGUGUAGUAAGACCCAAAGCCCUGUAGCCCCGCUGUGUAGUGCCUCAGGGGGGAGUGUCCACAGAGGGAAGGACAGACCUCUGUUUAUACUGUGACACACAGAAAUGUCAGGGGGGGGGGGGGGGGGGUGGGUGUGCAUACCGACUGAAGCCUUAAAUUUCCUGAGGGUCCUGAAGAAUGUUUUCGAUUGGGGCGGAGGGGUGGAUCUCCUCAUCCAGAGCAGUGGUUCUAAAACCUGCCAACCCAGAGGCACAGCCAGUUUUAAUGUGAAGCGUGCUGGUCCACACAGCAGCCCGUUAGCCCUUGCGCAGCAGCAGAGGUAAAGCUGCCUUGCACAGAACGACACAGAUGACCCCUGUGACACGUUUUAACCUUUUCAUAUAGCUGAGGACUCUAGUUGUUGCUGUAGCCCGUGUGGCACUUUGCUGCUCGCAGAUGCAGCCUUCAUUCAAAGAGGAUUUGGGAACCACUGAACCCUCCACUCCCGACCACACUGGGAGACUAGUGCUUUCAUGAAGGACGCUUUUUAUAUUUUUAACUGUUCAUGUGGUUUUACAUUAAUGGACUGUAACAACAAUUAUGAUGAACAUUAGACUGAUGAUGCUGUAAAGGUUCAUGCUGGUCGAAUUAUACAAAAACAAAUUGGAA